UCAUACCACCAUCCUCCACUCCGCAUUCUGCGCCAACCACCUCUUGCUCAAUUGUCAGGUCCCUGUUCACUACUGUCCUGUUGUGUCUCGUCGACCUGCAGCUACAUCACACCUUUCCCCCCCAGACGUCUGCGACCACCCGACGACUCGAAGACUUGACACCUGCCGCCGGGCCUUCUUCCUCCGCUCGCCUACAGAACUCGACAUUGACCAGCGCUGCCUCAUUCUCACCAUCUCACACCCUGCCAGCCUGCGAGUGCUGCGAAUGUUCAGUCUUUCCGCCAGUCGCAUCACCGCAUACUCUUCCCACUACCCAAACACACUUCUGUCGCUCCUUCGAGAACUCCCACCCACCCCCGCCUUGCGCGCAAUGCUCUUUCCUUGACCAGCCUCGAAUCCGAAACUUGCCACCACCAUUGUCGUGUCGUUGUCUGACUGUCGACCAUCACCCACUGCAAAUUCCUCCUCGAGACUUCCCGUCAAACUGGUCGCGUCCGUCAAGCGCAUUAUGGGCUUAUAAGGCCGCAAAACUACGGUUUCUUUUCUUUUCAUAAUUUACACGCCCGAUCAUCAUGGACCCUGCUGCUUGCAAAGUCAUAUACAUUGAUGAGCGAUUCAACACAGAGAGGUGGAUCUCCAGAGAUGGCUUGAUGCCCAGUACGCCGCAGAGAGUGGGAUCGGAAGUAGAAUUCUCGGACCUUCCUUUGGACCUUCAGUCUAACGUCAAUGCUUUUCUAACCGUCUUCAAUCAAGUAUUUGUGUGUAGUUCCGGGAGAGCCUUUUCCUCGAAGCUCUCUGAUCUCCACGACCAAGCCAAGUUCGAUUGCACACCUAUCCUUGCCUGUUUCGACGUUGGUUCCGAGUCCAAGCACGACUUCUUGAGAUCCAAGUCCAGAUUCUUCCCCUCGUCCGACUCCCCAUUGCCGUCUCCGAGCCUCUUGAGGAAAGAAAUCACCUUCUCGUCCGAGUCUGAUGAGUCAUACGGUCUUCAGCUUCUUUCCAGGAUAGCGUCGGACUUGCAAGUAGAAGAGGGUGUCAAACUCAUCAUACCCGUGGCCAUUGUGCAACCCAAACGGAGCGAUUCUCACGACCAGGCAUUCGAAGAUGUUCGAUCCAGUGAGGUUUCAAGAGCGCCUUAUGGCCCGGAGUCUCAGCCGGUUGAGAUCAAGGACAACUCCGACAUCAUCGACGCCCAAAUCAUGCUGCAGUGCCUAGAUGCAGGCGCCCUCGAUGUGGUCAAAAGUCCUCUGAACAAGGCAGGUAUCAUGGGACUGACCGUGCACGCAUAUCGGAUUUACAAGCAUGCAAAGAAAGAGCAAGCCGGCUUCAUGGGCAUGACCAGAAAAUCUCGCAAACAGUCUUGGGUUGGUAUGGAAGAGGAAAAACCUUACGCCUAUCUUAGGGAAGCUAUGGUGAAGAAACUCCUCAAAGGCAUCUGCGAUCCUCAGAAUAUCAUUGAGGAUUACCAAUAUCGCGACCUCUACGUCCGAGAAGUGCGGAAACCAGCCAUUGCACAGGCUGUCGGUUCUUGGGGCUUUGAUGGGCACGACUUCUCUGAAGACGAACUGGUCUAUGCUGGUUAUUUCAUGCUCAACCAUGCUCUGGAGAAUCUUCAGUCAGUGGGCGAGUGGCGCAUGAGCCAAGCCGAAUUGCUUCAUUUCAUGCAGGGUUGUCGCAUCGCAUACAAUUCUUUCGUUCUUUACCACAACUUCAGACAUGCUGUCGACGUUCUCCAGUCGGUCUUCUAUUUCCUCGUGCGGAUUGGCCUCCUUCCUCCAUACCCCGUUGGUGCUGAACCUUCGCCGUUUGCGGACAAGAGAUCACCUAUCGCGCGUCUGUUGGGGCCUUUCGAAGCUCUCACCAUUCUCAUCUCGGCAAUUGGCCAUGACGUGGGCCAUCCAGGUGUCAACAAUAUGUUUCUGGUCAAGUUGAAUGCGCCUCUUGCUCAGCUGUACAACGACCAAUCUGUAUUGGAAGCCUUCCACUGCGCUGCCUAUUCUCAAAUACUACGCCGUCACUGGCCGGCCGCAUUUCAGGAUAAAGACAUGCGAAAACUUAUGAUUAGCACCAUCUUGGCCACCGACAUGGGCUUACAUUCAGACUACAUGCAGCAACUCGGCAAUCUUCAAGAAAAGGUACAUGAGACCAAAGUUACCGAUGGAUGGGCUCCUAAGGACAUUGAGUGGGCGCGUACACUGGCCUGCGGCUUGCUAAUCAAGUGUGCCGAUAUCAGCAAUGUUGCGCGUCCAUGGGAAGUAGCAGAGAAGUGGACGGAUCUCUUGCAGAAGGAGUUUGCUCAUCAAGGAGAAAUGGAACAAGCCGUCGGCAUGGAAACCGCUCUCUUCGGUGGCCCUCCUGAACUGGGAAACAUGUUGAAAUUGGCUAAUGGCCAAAUUGGUUUCAUGACAAUAUUCGCCCACCCUCUUUUCGCCAAUGUUGCCGAUGUCAUUCCCGCCAUGCGAUUUGCGGCAGAUGAGAUACUCACUAACAAAGGUGUUUGGUUUACCCGAGCCGAGCAUGAAAAGAAAAUGCAGUUACUCCGAAGAACUACUGGCUUUGGUGAUAACGGGGCUGUCAGCCCUCGGACGCAGAGCCCAGCUGGCCGGAAAACGCGCAAUGAAUUGCCCACUUCCCCAUUGAAAGGACGAAACGAUGUGCCAGAGAACCUGGGAACUGGUGCAGAUGUCAAAAAAAGCGGAAGCAUAACACCUCGAAGUACCUCCCGUCCAUCAUCGUUGGCGGCUGCUGCCGGAAUCGCCAUAGCAGCGAAUGAUUCAACAACCCGAUCAACACCGACUGCUACUAGCCACACAGACCUACAGACACCUCCUGACCAGAGAAGUCCUGCUGCUGUUUUGACGAAUGGCGAUCACGGGCACCGUGGCCCCUAUUCAACUGAAAACGAAUCUGCCACCAGCACGCCCAGACAGAACGCCGUCACUAAUGAACUGCCAUCGGAAUCUUUGCAAGCUCUUUCUGACACUCGGAGAGACCAAACUGUCUCUAUGCGUGCCGGCAGUGAGGCUAUCCCCGCCGAAGCUGUAGAAGUCGAAAAACAAGAGGCCUUGGAUCAAGAACAUGGGUCCGGAUUCAAGUUCGCGACUUCGAGACAAGACGAGCCAGUGCGGACUUAUGACCCAGAUCGUCAAUACUCGGCUACACAUGCUAAUGCCAGAGCGAGUGCGCCUGCCAAGGACGGUGAAUCGAAGCAGCAGGCUCAAAAUGCUUCCAAAGCCGCUUGCCCUUUUGCUCCUCCACGUGUGGGGACAGCUACUGCGCCAACGGGUAUUAAUGAACAAGCCAUAUCACCCACCACGCGUACAGUAGCAUCGAGCGCCACCCCAAAGACCAACAAUGAGCCGACUCACAACCACAAUGGAUUUCACGACGUGCGCAAUCGAGCAGUCAGUGCGCCUAUGCGGUCGACAAGUCCCGGGCUUAGACCGAGCUAUAGCAUGGGCAGCAAUAGCGCCACAAGCCGAGAGAGCAGCAAGCUUGAUAUCCAUGCCACGAUCUUGAGCAAUGGUGAACCCGAUGAGGCUAGCGGACAUAGAAAAAGCGGCUCUAGAACCAUAGGUCGAAAGAGAAGCAAAUUAAAGCUUGGUCUGGCUUUUUGGAAGAGGAAAGGUAGUGAGAAGAACUUCGCCGAAGGCAAUCGGCCAGAGAGCCAGGGCAGCUGAUAACACGGGGCUCAGGGAUCCAAAAUGGAGGGUGGAAUCAUGUUCGUGUUUCAUUGCAGCGUUAUUGCAUCAUAUUGGGAUCCGUUUUACGGGAGGUUGUUCUCGAUGUUCAGCUACGAGGGUCAUCAAAACAUGGAGUGGGCAUCUGAAGUUAGGCAAUCUCACUCAACGGAGGUGUUCGUUCAGCGAGAUUAAUAUUGUUUGUCAUGACGGAUGAUUACAGAAGGGUUAUACCUACUUGUGAGGGCGACAGCAAGGGCGUUUCGUUUCGACAAUGAGGCUUUGAGGGCGACGAGUGGCGCAGAAGGCUCGUUGAUGGAUGACUUGUACGUUUACGAUGGAUAUGGUGUGAUUUCCCGUACACCACGUUGGGAAGAGACACGAGGCCACGAUGAUUGGGAAGCAUUCCAGCACUCGAUGCAGGCUCAGAUGAGUCGGGCAGACAAUGAAAAACAGGGAUUAUGAUCUAUCGCUCAAGUGCAUAUACUUUGUAUCGACUGGGCAAUUUUGAUCGGGGUUUUCU